AUGCCUCGGGGAAAGAAGAGCAAGCACCGACGAGAGAAACGCCAACAGGGCCUGGGUGACAACACUCAGAGUCUCAAGGGUGCUGAGGCCACAGCAGAGGAGACUGAAGUGCCCGUCUCCUCUCCUCCCAAUGAUGAUUCUCCCCCGAGCUCCCCUGCACCUGACCCAUCCCAGGAGCCCCAGGGAGCCACAGCCACUAGCUCUCUUGAGGCAGGUGUCUUAUGCCCAUUAUCUGAUGCCAGUGCCAAGCGCCAAGGUCAGGAAUGUGCCCGUGCCUCCCAGGCAGUACCUUCUGCUCUGCGGGCUCGCAGAGAUCCACUAAGCAGGGUGGUUAGCAAGGUGGUGCAGUUCGUGUUGGAGAAGCUGAGUAAGAAGGAGCCCAUCAUUCAGAACGCAUUGCUGAGGAUUGUCAAAAGGAAGUACAAGGAGCAGUUCCCUGAGAUCCUCAGGAGAGUCUUUGAGCGCAUGGAUCUGGUCUUUGGCCUUGACUUCAAGGACGUCAACCCCAGCAACCACACCUAUGCCUUUUUCAACAAGCAGGGCCUCCGGGUUGAGGGAGACCUGAGCAGUGAUGAGGUCGUGCCCAAGACCGGGUUCCUGAUGGUGCUCCUGGGUGUGAUCUUCAUGAAUGGCAACCUCGCCACUGAAGAGGAGAUCUGGAAGUACCUCAAAGUAUACGGGGUCCUCCCUGGGAAGAAGCAUCUCAUCUUCGGAGAGCCCAGGGAAUUCAUCACCAAGGAUCUGGUUGAGCAACAUUACAUCGAGUGCCGCCAGGUUCCCGACAGUAAUCCUUCACGCAACCUGUUCCUGUGGGGCCCAAGAGCCCAUGCUGAUAUCGGCAAGAUGAAAGUGCUGGACGUGCUGGCCAGGAUCUACAAUAAGCUCCCCACUGCCUUCCCAAACCUGUAUGAGGAGGCCUUGAGAGAUGAGGAAGAUAAAGCAUGGUUGAGAGCCGCAGCCAUGUCCAGACUCCUGCCUGCUAUCGCUGACCAUAGUGACAUCAUGCCUCGGCGUCACAAAAACAAGAAACGCCAUCAUGCCCGAAGUGAGCCUCAGAGUCAUGGCAAUGCUCAGGCCACUGCAGAAGCAGAAGAGGAGUCCACUCCCUCUUUCUCUACUCAGCAUGAAGGUAUUAGCCAGGGUCUGCCUAUGUCUGGGUCAUGUAACACUUCCCAUGGCCCUCAAAGAGCGCAAACCACCACCACUACUUCUGUAGCUGUUUCUUGCCCUGGGUCUGAUGAAGCUUUCAGCAGCCAAGAGGAGGAUGAGGCUGUCUCCUCUGAGAUCCCACUCUUCACUGAGGUCUCAGACAUGGAUGAGUUCCAAACCAGGACUGUGUCUUUGGAGCAGUUCAUUCUGAACAGGUUUAAAUUGAAAAAGCCCAUUUUGAAGGCUGAUAUGAUGCAUAUUGUCGGGGAAGAUUACCAAGACCGAUUUGCUGAGAUUCUCAAGAAAGUUUCUGAGCAACUUGAAACCUUCUUUGCAUUAGACAUGAAUGAAGCGGACUCAACCAGACACUCCUACGUCCUUGUCAGCAAAUUAAAACUCCCCAAUAAUGGGAGGGUGCGUCCUGGCAGGGGGUUCCCCAAGACUGGUCUCCUGAUGCAUAUCCUGGGUAUGAUCUUCAUGAAUGGCAACUCUGUCUCUGAGGAAGAGAUCUGGAAAGAUCUGCGUGUAAUGCAUGUGUACCCUCGGAAGAAGCACUUCAUCUUUGGGGAGCCCAGGAAGCUCAUCACUGAUUUUGUGAGGCUGAAGUACCUGGAGUGCCGCCAGGUGCCCCACAGUGAUCCUCCAUGUUUUGAGUUCCUGUGGGGUCCAAAAGCACACCUUGAAACCAGCAAGUUGAAAGUGCUGGAGUUUUGGGCAAAGGUCAAUGGUACCCACCCCAGUGCCUUCCCAAACUGUUAUCAGGAGGCUUUGCAAGAUGAGAAAGAGAGAGCCCAAGCCAGAGAUGCAGCCAGGGCUGCCACUACUGCCCAAGUCACUGCACUUUCCAGGGCCAUGGCCAGCACAACCUUUCUACCUGUAGAGAAAUCUACAGACCAGAAUAUAUAA